CGCGGCUGCGCUCUCAUACAGGAUCAUCUUCGCUCUCGACUCCAGCCACAGUAGAGCAGCAGUGCACUACGGGUGGGACCGCAUCACCUCACUCAAAUCAGCGCACAAAACCACCUGCUCCAUCACAACUUAAUCACUUAACUCCUGAUUAAAACAUCAGCGUUUGAGAUAAGCAAAGAUGGGCAAGAAGUUAAAACUGUCUAAAGGCAAAAAGGAGGAGAAUGGUGAUUUAAGCACUGAGAAGAAUGGAAAGGAAGAGGAGAAUCCCAAAAUAGAGAUGGUGGGACCAAUAGAAAUAUUUCGCUAUGCAGAUGGUGUCGACAUUUUCCUUAUGCUUGUUGGUGCAGUUAUGUCCAUGGCCAAUGGGGCAGUACUUCCACUCAUGACUAUUGUAUUUGGAGACAUGACAAAUAGCUUUGUGGACAGUACAAUAUUAGACAGUUUAAAGGACAACGUCACCUUUCCACCCAACUACACCUUUCCAGAGUUUACUAAUGUGACUUUAGGGGAGCAGAUGACAAAGUAUGCCAUAAACUACAGCAUUUUGGGGUUUGUAGUCUUGGGGGCGGCAUACAUGCAGGUUGCCUUUUGGACUCUUGCAGCAGGACGUCAAGUGAAAAGACUUAGAAAGAAGUUUUUUCAUUCCAUCAUGAAACAGGAGAUCGGUUGGUUUGAUGUCAACGAGACAGGACAGCUCAACACACGCCUCACAGAUGAUAUCUACAAAAUAAAUGAAGGCAUUGGGGAUAAGCUUGGCAUGCUUAUUCAGUCCUUCACCACUUUUCUUACCGGCAUCAUCAUUGGCUUUGUCAAAGGCUGGAAACUCACGCUCGUCAUCCUCGCUGUUAGCCCAUUACUCGGAAUCUCAGCUGCUAUCAUUGGAAAGGUGAUGACAUCAUUUACCUCAAUGGAGCAGACAGCCUAUGCCAAGGCUGGAGCAGUGGCUGAGGAGGUGCUGUCAGCCAUCAGAACUGUCUUUGCCUUUGGGGGACAGAAGAAAGAGAUGGAGAGGUAUCACAAGAACUUGGAGGAUGCUAAGAAUGUUGGCAUAAGGAAGGCUAUAACUGUGAACAUUGCUGUGGGCUUUACAUUCUUCAUGAUCUAUAUGUCCUAUGCGCUGGCCUUUUGGUAUGGCAGCAAUCUUAUCCUGGCUGGAGAAUAUGACAUUGGCAAACUCUUAACGGUUUUCUUCACCGUCCUAAUUGGAGCUUUCGGCAUUGGCCAAACAUCUCCCAACAUCCAGUCCUUCUCUAGUGCAAGAGGUGCCGCCCACAAAGUUUUCCAGAUCAUUGAUAAUGAACCCAGCAUUAACAGUUUCUCGGAUGAAGGCUACAAACUUGAUGUUGUAAAAGGGAACAUAGAAUUCAAAAACAUUCACUUCAACUACCCCACUCGACAGGAUGUAAAAGUCCUGAAUGGCAUAAAUCUUAAAGUCAUGAGUGGACAGACUAUUGCUCUGGUGGGCAGCAGUGGGUGUGGAAAAAGCACAACAAUCCAGCUGCUACAGCGCUUCUAUGACCCACAGGAAGGAACAGUGACUAUAGAUGGUCAUGAUAUUCGCUCUCUGAAUGUGCGAGGUCUGAGGGAACUGAUAGGUGUAGUCAGUCAGGAGCCAGUGCUGUUCGCCACCACCAUUGCAGAGAACAUCCGCUAUGGACGUCAAGACGUCACCCAGGAAGAGAUUGAGCAGGCAGCACGUGAAGCCAAUGCCCAUGACUUCAUCAUGAAACUGCCAGAUAAAUUUGAGACGCUUGUUGGAGAAAGGGGCACUCAAAUGAGUGGUGGACAGAAGCAGCGUAUUGCUAUUGCAAGAGCGCUUGUACGCAACCCCAAGAUCCUCCUCCUUGAUGAGGCUACAUCUGCGCUAGAUGCUGAGAGUGAGACUAUCGUACAAGCAGCAUUAGACAAGGUGAGGCUGGGCAGGACCACCAUUAUAGUGGCUCACCGGCUGUCCACUAUUCGAAAUGCUGAUGUCAUCGCUGGUUUCCAAAAUGGUGAAAUAGUAGAACUGGGCACACAUGACGAACUAAUGGAAAGAAAGGGAAUCUACCACUCCCUCAUCACAAUGCAGAUUUUUAAGAGUUCAGAUGAUGUUGAGGAGAGAAAAGAGGAGAUAACUAUGGAUGAGAAAAGUCCAUCAAUCCGCUCUUUGAAUGAACACACACUAUACAGACAGAAAUCAAGAAGUGCUUCAGAGAAAAAUCUGCAGGAGGAAAAGAAACCGACAGAGGAGGAAAAGGUUCCAGGUGUCUCCUUCUUCACGGUUCUUAAAUUGAAUAAACCUGAAUGGCCAUACAUAGUGUUUGGAGUCUUCUGCGCCAUCAUCAAUGGAGCCCUGCAACCAGCAUUUGCUAUAAUUUUCUCUAAAAUCAUUGCUGUAUUUGCUGAGGUCGAUCAGGAAAUUAUAAGGAAGAGAAGUGACACUUACUCACUGCUGUUUGCUGGAAUUGGGAUUGUGUCCUUUUUCACUCUCUUCUUUCAGGGUUACUGUUUUGGGAAAGCUGGUGAGAUUCUGACCAUGCGACUGAGAUUUAAAGCCUUCAAUUCUAUGAUGAGACAGGACCUGAGCUGGUAUGAUGAUACUAAGAACAGUGUGGGUGCUCUGACCACCAGGCUGGCUGCAGAUACUGCUCAAGUGCAGGGUGCCACCGGAUUGAGAAUGGCAACACUGGCACAGAAUGUGGCAAACCUGGGCACCUCCAUCAUCAUUUCGUUUGUGUAUGGCUGGCAGUUGACCCUCCUCAUCAUCUCCAUUGUUCCAGUCAUGGCUGUUGCUGGAGCAAUCCAGAUGAAGUUACUGGCAGGACAUGCUCUGAAAGACAAGAAGGAGCUUGAGCAAGCUGGAAAGAUUGCAACGGAAGCAAUCGAGAACAUCCGUACCGUGGUUUCAUUGACAAGAGAGAGCAAGUUUGAGAAUCUCUACCAGGAGAACUUAGUUCUGCCCUACAAGAAUGCCAAGAAAAAGGCACAUAUUUUUGGCCUGACAUUCUCUUUCUCUCAAGCGAUGAUCUACUUUGCCUAUGCUGGCUGUUUCAAGUUUGGCUCUUGGCUUAUUGAACAAAAGCUGAUGACCUUCGAGGGCGUCUUUCUUGUAAUUUCAGCAGUGGUGUAUGGAGCAAUGGCUGUUGGAGAAGCAAACUCCUUCACUCCAAACUAUGCAAAGGCUAAGAUGUCUGCCUCUCACAUCCUGAUGCUCAUCAGCAGAGUCCCAGCUAUUGACAAUGCCUCAGAGGAUGGGGACAAGCCGGAAAAGUUUGAAGGGAAUGUGAGUUUCGAUGAUGUGCUUUUUAACUAUCCAUCACGGCCGGAUGUGCCAGUGCUUCAGGGGCUCAGGCUCAGGGUGAAGAAGGGCCAAACUCUCGCCCUGGUGGGCAGCAGUGGCUGUGGAAAGAGCACCACCAUCCAGCUAUUAGAGAGAUUUUAUGACCCUCUGCAGGGCAAAGUGAUGCUGGAUGACAAUGAUGCAAAGCAGCUGAACAUCCACUGGCUGCGCUCUCAGAUAGGCAUCGUUUCCCAGGAGCCAGUGCUGUUUGACUGCAGCCUGGCAGAGAACAUCGCAUAUGGCGACAACAGCCGAAAAGCACCUCAAGAGGAGAUUGAACAGGCUGCCAAGGCUGCUAACAUACACUCCUUUAUUGAAGGGCUGCCACAGCAAUACCAGACGCAGGCGGGUGAUAAGGGUACUCAGCUCUCAGGAGGGCAGAAACAGCGUAUUGCUAUAGCGAGAGCCAUCCUCCGCAACCCCAAACUCCUACUGCUGGAUGAAGCCACUUCUGCUCUGGACACAGAGAGUGAGAAGGUAGUGCAGGAUGCUCUUGAUAAGGCACGUGAGGGCCGGACAUGUAUCAUAGUAGCCCAUCGGCUGACCACCAUCCAGAACGCAGACCGCAUAGCUGUGUUUCAAAAUGGGGUAGUGGUGGAGCAGGGCACACACCAGCAGCUGCUCAGCCAGAAGGGGGUGUACUACACCCUCGUUACAUCUCAGAUGGGUCACUGACAUUAAAGAGGGACAUGCAUCUAGGCCUAAAUUUGUUUUAAAGACAGAAUCUAUAUCUAUAGAUAUCUAUAUGGUCUCCAGUGGUAGGCAGACUUUGACAUUUUAGACUUGAAUAGUUCUGUUUUCAUUUUGUUAAAUUAAGUGGCAUUUAAAACUAGACACUGCUGAAAACUGUGAAAACACUAUAAAAAUGUGGACAUUUGUGUCCAAGCACAUAUCAUAGGAUUAGAGCUUUGCUCAUGUAAAGAUCAAGACUUAAGCACUGUUGUUUAAAUUAAUAUCUAUCAAAGCCUUGUCGUGUAUUUUAAGGAUGCAUGUUUUUUCUUCAGGUAUAUGAUAAUAUAAAUCCACCUGACUAUCUUGUUGCUUCUUGCUGACUCUCUGUGGUCAUUAAAAUCUCAGGACACUUCUCAAAAAGAGUAUGGGUGUAACCCUUAAAGUUCUGGCUGUAUUCCCCACAUUGGCCCUAAUCAAUCGUGGCCUCCUAAUAAUCUCUAUCCAUGAAUUGGCAGGAUCACUCUACUCUCUCCUCUCCACCAAUAGCUGGUAUGUGGUGAGUGUACUGGUGCACCAUGGCUGCCGUCGCAUCAUCCAGGUGGAUGCUGCACACUGGGGGUGGCUGAGGGGAGUCUCCUGUUCACUGUGUAAAGCGCUUUGAGUGUAGUGUCAGAAAAGCAUUCAUUCAUUCAUUCAUUCAUAGUUGAAUAAUCUUUUUUUUUUUUGUAUUAUUACUAAUAUAACCAAGCACUAACAUUUCUUGGUCACACAAUUUAUUUGGGCAGUUUAUGUAGAACAGUCCCAAAAAUAAAAAAAGAAUUUAAUUAAAAAAAUAAUAAACAAAAAACCCUGCUGAGUUGAGGGCAGAAAUAAGGCUAUUCAAUAAGGCAUAAUUUAAAGGGGUCAUGACAUGAGAAACCAAAUUUACCUUGAUCUUUUGGUAUAUAAGAGGUCUUUGUAUCAUUAAAACGUCCUGCAAGUUUAAUAUUUUAAGACGUCCUCCCCAUUCUAAACGAAUCAUUUAUUUAAUCAAGCUCAAAAUACAGCUCGUUCUGGAUUCAUGGUUAGAAGUGACGUGACGGUUAGAAGUGACGUACCAGCGUUUGCAUAUGACCGCCUCCAGCACAAGAUAACUACGCUUUAAGCGCAAGACAACUACGCUCAUUUCGUAUCGCCGUGCGCCUCACAAGUGUUCAGUCGAUGGACAGCGAGCUCUGACAGAGACUACUUGUGCACAGGAAAAUUACGAUGCCACACAGAUGUGCUGUUCCUGGCUGUGGUCAAACAAAACCUCUGAAUAAGCUGCCGAAAGAUCCAGACGUCUGGGAAAAAUGGAUGCAGUUUAUUUUUUGCGGACGUCCCAGUCACGGCAGUGUUAACUUAAGCGUUUGUUCUGUACAUUUUAAGGAUGACUGUUUUGAGAACAAAUCUCAAUAUGAUGCUGGCUUUGCCAGAAAACUGUUGCUCAAAGAUAAGUCCGUGCCGACUAUUCUGGGAACAAUGACGACGCAAACUGUAAGUAAUCUAUUUUAAACUUUAAACUACUUUUUAAAGCGCAAUUUCAUUCAUUAUGAAUAAUCACAGUGUUUUUACUUAGUUUACUUGCAUAUUGUUCUGGCUGGGGACGUCAAUAAUUGAUACAUAGGCACUGACGUUAGCCAAUCAUAACAGUGGGCGUUAACACUGAAGUCUUAAAUGGAAAACGCCCCCAAAACAGACUGUUUGAAUCAGAGGAUGAGAAACAGGGUGGGAAAAGGUCAUAAAUCACUAGAUUUUAAAAGUUUUUCUUAAAAAAAAUAUAUUAAUACCAUAAUUGCACCUAAGGGAACAUAAUAAUACAAUAAAAAAACCCAUGUCAUGACCCCUUUAAAUAUGCACAAAUUACUUGCCUCAUAUGUGCCUUACAUUAUAAAGUUGCCUUGGUUUCUCAUUAGUGAAGACACUGUUCCUCAUGAGUUUCUAUUUUGAUUUACUCUCUUGUUGUACGUGUGGUGCCAUACAUAUGUAUCAUACUAACAUAAGGCUCUUUAAUUUUGUCCUACAAUGGCGCUGUGUUUUUUAAAUAAAGUUUCUGAUUUUUCAUUAUC